AUACUGCGAACAGACAGUGAACGACUACAAGCUUUAUCAACAUGGCUAGUGACCUGAAAGCUGCAAUUACUGCGAGGUAUCGGGAAAUCGAGAGACUCUACAAUGCUGGUGAUUACCAGGUCAUGGCGAAAGAAUGUUACACUGAGGACUGUAAAUCAGUCUUCAGUGGGCAUGCCAUCCAGUCUGGCCAUGAAAAUAUUGUAAAGGCGUGCGAAACAUUCAAACAGGAGGGUGUGGUGACUAUAAGCAGCGAGGUCGUUGACUUUUCUGCGAGUCCCGACGGUGAAUUGGCUUAUUGUAUCGUGAAUUUGAAAUCGAAGAAAGCUGAUGGAAGUGAGGCAAAGUCAUUCAGCAACCUCCUUAUCUGGAAGAAAGUAAACGGUGUUUACCUUGCCCACGUUGAUAUGUCUAACUAGGCCAGCGAUGAGCAUUGCUUCGAAUGCGUAUUAUCCAAUACUGUGUUACCUCAGUAUAUUAUUAAUGGAUAACAUGCUAAUAUGAAAAUCAAUAAAAAGAUAUUAUGCUGAUAUAAAACUA